GGGCGCUCAGCGCUCAGCGAUAGCCACUGGCAAAUCAUGUGAGAUUCACUUCCGAAAGUACAGAAGAAUGAUCAACAUGCAUAUGGUCAUGGUCAAAUCUUUGGAAACCGAUGCGUGAGAGGCCCUAUAGUUUCGAUAAUGAUAUCGAUCUCAGCUUAUUUGUGAACAGUAUAUAAUUCUAUACCUCAGUCACAAGCUUACCAGACAAGAUCACCGAUGGCUAAUAUCCUUACUCGUUACGAUUUAGAACAGUUCAAAUGGAAGCCCUUCAAAGGUGAAGGCGGUCGAAAUGGAUGUACUCGCCCUCUUGGAGGCGCUGAGCAUGCCCAGGAUCUUAUGAACCGUCAUAUCAAGGGUGAUCAAACAUUGUUCUUCGGACUCACUCUGGACUUGCACGAUCCUGUGAGCAUAACCAAACUCGCUUCUUCUGUUCAAGAAUGCUGGUGCUGGCUCCGCUUCCAAAUUCCUAUCAUCGCGACAUCCGUCAAUGGAUUCGAUCCCGAGCUGCCCACGAUAACUUAUACAACUGCCAGUCCGCAAGAGAUCAGCCAGUGGAUGCAUCGUACUCUCAUUGUCCACCCACCCUCGCAUAUCGACCUUGACCAAUUGCGGGUUGAUGAGGGUCAAAAGAAGGUCCCUUCAUCCGAUGGAGACCAGACAUGGAUGCACCUUCUCCCUGGCGAAAUUGCCAAUGGGACGGUUUCCAAAUUUGGUCUGCUGUUCCAUACCCAUCACACACCGUUCGAUGGCACAGGAUUAAAGAUCAUCAUGACUCGCUAUCUGACGCAAUUAGCGAGGGUGCUCUCUGACUCUCACAGUGCAUCCGACUCUAUUGAAUGGGGAAAUGAGCUGGAAAACCUCCCUCCCGCAGCUUACAACAUACUAAACUCCAACGAACCUCUUCCUAUUUCACCAAACUCGCUGGAGGAACCUUCCUUUGAUCACGAGUAUUACAAGUCCCUUGGAAGUGUCCUUACUGGCUUCGGCGCGUCGGGAAAGGAUGCAUACGGAUUUAAAGCUCGUCCGAAAGAUACAGACUGGCCGAAGACACGUCGCGCUGAGGUUCUCUUAACGAGGGAAGAAUCAGGAGGAAUUCAAACUGCCUCAAAGAUCGCUGGGUUCACACUUACACACCUUGCCCACGCUGCGUUAGCGAUGGUCGUCAUAGCUGAUAACCCACCCAAUGCGGCAUCUUCGUCACAUUACUUGAACAACAUGUCUCUGGCUAAUUUCCGAGGGCGAUUGGACUCACAAUACUCGCUGCAUCCAGGUUAUAUCCUUGGUGUUUUUAUGGCUAGGAUUCCGACGGAAGGUGUCCUCCCUUUGGACAAGAAUAUGCUUCUAAAGGUGGCAGACUUAGCCAAGGAACAGUAUCGAGCUCACAUAGAAUUACCGGCUGCGUUGAGUUGCAUGCCACGGGUCGGCGAAAUAUUCGCCUCUGCCAUUGUGCCAGCUGCGAAAGCAAACAUGCUGCCACCCAAUCAAUGUUACUCAUUUUCUAGUGACGGCAAAGGUGAAAACUAUUUGAACUCCACUUUUGCGGAUGACGCUGGGAACACGCUCUUUUCGGUGACCAAGUUCUUCACAUCUGUCAACAGGGUUGAUCCUGGCCCAUUCUUUCGUCUCUCCUCUUGGGGGGGCGUGAUCGAGCUUAGUGCUGAUUAUAACUCUAACAUCGUGAAAACCGAGGACGUGGUGGAUUACUUGAAUCAGUGGAAGAGGUUCAUGCUUCUGGCCAUUUGAAUAACACUCACUACUGAAUGAUACCCAUAUCUUGCCUCACUGUCAUUAUAUCAUUAGGGGCUAGACGAGCGAAAUGUAUUGCUUUUGUACAUAUUUAGUCAAAGCUCAUGUGACACCAACACGACUGC